AUGGCAGAGGGCAGCCACUUCGACCCCUACUCGCCCUUUUCCAAGGGGGAUGAUCUUGGCAAAAGCAGGUGCUUGAAGGCUGGAAGAAUGGCCCAUCAGAAAGGAGUGAACCUGACGGACGUCAAGGUGAAUGACACACAGGAGUUCGUUCAGGUGAGACCCCACCAGGAAGGCAGCCUGGAAGACGUGUGGCAGGUCAGGAGCAGCUGUGAAUCAGGUCGAAUUGUGGCUCUGAAAUGCUCAGAGUGCGGGCUGCGCCCCGGCACCGUGCGGGUGGUCGGCGGGGCGGACGUGCCCCCAGGGCGCUGGCCCUGGCAGGUCAGCGUGUACCACGGCUCCCAGCACCGCUGCGGAGGCUCCGUGCUGGCGCGCGAAUGGAUCGUCACGGCGGCUCACUGCGUGCACAGUUACAGGCGGCUUCAAGCCUCCGCCUGGCUGGUUUUCGCAGGCAUUGUCACCCAUGGCUCAAUCAAGCAGGAGGCUGGGGUAUCAGUAAAGAAAAUAAUUUACCACCCGCUUUAUAACGACAAUAGCCUCGACUACGACAUUGCUCUGAUGAAGCUCCAAGUCCCCCUGAAUUUCUCAGAUGCCAUCCGUGCUGUGUGUCUGCCACCCUCCCACCAGGACCUCUUCCAGGGCACGCCGUGUUGGGUCUCUGGCUGGGGCUAUACCAGACCAGGCCAAGCGCAGGUUACAGAGACGCUGAAGGAAGCACUCGUUCCCUUAAUCGGUACCAAGAGGUGCAACAGUUCGUGCGUGUACGCAGGCGAGCUCACUGCCAGGAUGCUGUGCGCCGGCUACCUGCAUGGGGAAAUAGAUGCGUGCCAGGGUGACAGCGGGGGCCCCCUGGUUUGCCAGGAUGAAGUCGCGUGGCGCUUAGUAGGCAUCGUGAGCUGGGGCCAGGGCUGUGCUGAACCCAACCACCCUGGCGUUUACACCAAUGUGGCUCAGCUUCUGCCGUGGAUUUAUCACGUCACUGAGGACAGAAAAUUUACUACCAGAAAGACACCAGAUGCCAGACCUACCUAGUUCACACACAACAAAAAGGAGGCAGCUGAAUAUAUGAGCAAGCUUGAAAUGGACUAUGAACGCACAGCCAAGAAACAGCCCCAGGAGCAGUUAGCUGAUCCUCAUUAACGAACGGUGACUGCCUUUCAUCUGAACAGAGUCCCCUGAGUGCAGUGCCCUGCAGACCACUUCCCAGCUCCCUGUUAUGGGGGUGAAGAACUAAGUGAAAAGGAAGAAAGGAAGACACCUACUGAUCUACUAUUUCUUGGAGGCUGGCUUGCAAGAUGAUCAUCAGCUCUUUGAAUGUCAUCCAUUUCUGCACGUAGAC